AUGUCCCGGGAGAACAGCCCGCCGCCGAUGAUCAGCGGCUACCGCACACAGCCGGCCCCCUCGUCGCCCUACUCGCCGUAUGGGACGCCGCUCGGGCCGCUUGGGCUGUCGCCGGUCCGGCCGGUGGUCGGGGCCCGGGGCCGCCCGGCCGUGGAUCUGGUCACCAACCCGGAUGACGGGGCCACCGCCUGCCUGCCCUUUUCCAUCCACGCGGUGACCUCCUCGCUGCAGGAGGCCCAAAUUGACAGCCCGCGCGGGAACACCGAGCACGACCCCCAUGCGUCGGUGGCCCGGUCGCCCUUGCGCUUUCUCCACGACUACCAUGACGACCAUCCUCAUCUCCUCCUCCACCACCACCACCACCACCCCCACCUCCACCACCAUGGGCCAUCUUCGUUGUUGGACUUCUCCGGCUCCUCGUCGGUGGACGGCGUGGCAUGCGUCCCCGACGUGGGGGGCAGCAGCACGACGGCGCCGAUGGCCGAGGGCGACUCCCCCCCGCGGGCGCCCGGUGUGCGGCUCUUCUCCGACCCGGGGGCCGAUGCGUGGCGGCUGUUCCACGCGCGGCAGGGCCCCCGGCCGGCUUCGGCCUCGGGAUCGGAUGCCGACACCGACCCCGGCACCGGCACCGGCACCGACGCCGGGCCCGACCCCGACCCCGACCCCGACACUGGUACCGGUACCGGCACCGACACCGGCACGGACCCGGGCCCGGACCCGGACCAGCCCCCGGGGCUGGGGCUGGCUGGCGGCCGGAGCCCGAUCCCCGAGGCCGAUGGCGGCGUGACGCCGGAGCCGGAGGCCUUCGCGCCGGUGAGCCGGCCGCGCCCGGCAAGCGCCGGCACCGGCGAGUCGGUGCACGUCCCCAAGCCCGAGCAACUCCCGGCCGGGGAGGAUGGGCCGCGGCUGGCCACGGGCCAGGCCCCCAAGCGCCCGGCCUCCGAUGCCCUGGUGCCGGACGAUUCGAACCCCCUACUGCGCCCCUUUUUCGGCGCCACCUCCACGCCUGCGCGCUAUUCCUUCUCCCCGACGUUGGCCUUUUCCCCGAUCGCCGGGCCGGUGGCGGCGCCGGCGCCGGCGACCACGGCGGUCGAGCCCUUUUCCCUGUCCCACUCGCCGUCGGUGCCGGCACGGCCAGCCCCAGGGCCGUGUGCAUGUGACGCGGAGGCCGGGGCCGGGCCGCCGUGCGGGUGGCCGGCCUGCCGCCGGGGGGCCCUCUACCCGGCGGCGGCCCGGGAUGCCGUGCCCCGGUCGCACUCGGCCACGGCCUGGAUGCCGCCGGCGUCCUUUGCGCCGCUGCCCUUGCCAAGUGCCCCGGCCGGGGGGGAGCCCGGGGCCCGGCUCACCCGGCGCGGGUCGACGGCCACCCUGUUUGCUUGUCGGCCAUCGCCGAUUCACAUCCCGGCGCCGGGGAGCGCCGGGCGGGGGCCGCGUGUGGGGCCGGCGUCCGCCCUGCCGGGCGGUUGUGCCCCCUUGGCAAGCUUGAGUGCCCUGCACUCGCCGGAGCCCGGGCCCGGGGGGUCCUUCGGCCGGGGCCCCGGGCCCCGGGGCCCGGGCAGUUCCCUCGCCGAGGAGGCCGAUGCCGAGGAGGACGAGCGGGACCCCUCGCUGAGCCCGCUGUCGCCGGGGGCCGACGGGUCGGCCGCCGGGUGGGACGGCCCGCAGGUGAGCCCAUCGCGGUACAGCGCGCCGCCCCUGUCGCCGGGCACGGCGCGGCGACUGCUGGUCAUGUCGUCGUUGCGGGCGGCCGAGCAGGCCCUCGAGAAUUUGUCGCUGGGCCUGCGGGCGAGUGACCUUCGCCAGGCGCCGGCGGCCGGCGGGCAGCAGUCCUCCCUGCUGGAUGUGUCGGCCAUGUCGCCGAUCGGCGAGCGGCCCCGGGCGCCGGUGGCCUCGACCCCGGGGCCCCCCGGCGCUCGGGUGCCCACAUGUGCCCUCUUUUCGCCCCUGGGGCCGGGGUCGGGCGGUCUGGCCGAGCCGGCCGGCGAGCGUGCCGGGUCCCCGGGGCCGGCCGAGGGGGCGACCUCCGCCGGGGCCGCCGGGGCCGCCGGGACCAUGGGGUCCACCGGGUCGCUGGCCUACCUGGAGGAGGACUCCAUGUGCGGGCUCCAGCUGCCGGAGCUGAUGCUCUUUUCCGGGGGCCGGACGCCGGUGUUGACGCGGGCGCGGUCCCUCUCGGCCCGGCCGGCCCUGCCGGAGGAGGGGCUGCUCAUGUCGCCGAGUGGACCGGCCACGGCGGGCAGGGGGGCCCCGGCGCCGGGGGCCAUGUGUCCGCCCCUGGCGGAGCCCGACGUGCCGGGGUCCGCCACCGACUCGAUGGGCACCCCGCCGGCUUCGGACACCGACAGCCUGUCGAUGCUCGGCGAGGAUGAGGACAGCUUCACCCUGGUGGACCCGAUGGACGACUCGGCCACGGAAUGGGGGUCCUCCUCGCAGGAGGAUGCCCAUUCCGCCGGGCCGGGCUCCUCGUCGCUGGCGGCCAGCCCGACAGCCGACCAGGCGGCCGGCAUGUGCCUCGACGGGGCCCCGGCCCCGAAGAAGGAGUCCCGCAAGGCCCGAGCCAAUCGGGCCCUGCGGAGCAUGCUGUCGGACUACCACUCGUCCGAGCCGGGGCCCGGGGCCGGGGGGGCUGGUGCCGGCGGCAGCAGCGGCGGCGGCGGCGGCGGCGGCGGCGGCGGCGGCGGCGGCGGCAGCGGCGCUGGUGGCUCGGCCGGCGAUCCGAGCGCCCCGACCAAGCACUCCUUCUUCCAGCGCCUGCUGCAUCCGGACCGGUCGAAGCGCACCCUGCCCGGGUUCCCGGGUCUCUUUUCGUCGUCGUCGUCGUCGUCGUCGUCGUCGUCGUCGUCGUCGUCAUCAUCCUCGUCGUCGGGGUCAUCGUCGUCGGCGGCGGAGGCGGGGGCGGCCAUGUCGUCGGCCCCGGCGCCGGAGGCGUCCUUCACCACGACCGGGGCCUCAGCCGACCCGAGUCCCUCCCUGCCGGCUGGGACCCCCGGGUCGGUCAUCGAGCGCGAGCGCUUCCUGGCCUGGCUCCGGUCCUCUCCGAGCGAGGGCGUGUCCGGGUCCGGGUCCGGGUCCGGGCCUGGCACGAGCUCGCUGCCGGGCUCGAGCUCGCUGCCGGGCUCGAGCUCGCCCUCGCCCUCGAUGGCAACGGUGGCGGCGCCGGCGCCCGUCCAGCAUGCCAACCGGACGGGGUCCCCGGCUCCAGCCGGGGGGCUUCCCCUGCCGGCGGCCGCGGGGUUCGGCACGGGGGCCGCAGGCGCCGGCGGCCCGGGCCCCGGCGGCCUGCCCGGGUCCUGGCGCUCGGGUACCCUGCAUCACCGGAGCAGCAGUAGCAGCGUCUCGUCGGGGGAGCUGCCGCGCUUGGGCCCGCUGGCCGGGGCCCGGCGGGCAUCGAUCCAGUAUGACACCGGGGCGCCGCAUGACUUUGCCCGCGCGGCCGGGGCCCUGUCCUCCUCCUCGUCGUGUAGCUCCUUCUCCCUGCUGGCCGAGGGGUCGCGCUCGCCGUCGCUCGGCUCCCUGGCCAGCAUCGGCGAGGGGGCGUCCGGUGGCGGCGGUGGUGGCGGCGGCGGCGGCGGUGGCGGCGGCGGCGGCUCCCUGGGGGCGGGGUUCCGCCCGGGGAUGGGCGCCGCCGGGCCGCCGGCGCGCCCGGGUGGCCAUCACCGGCUGAGUGCGGAGGCCGGCUCGGCGGCCUGGGGCCGGCCGGCCUCCGCGGCGUCGGCCAUUCCGCUGCACGUGUGGUCGCCGCUGGGGAGCGGCAGCGGCCUGCCGGCCAGCUCGGCGGGCUCGGUCGGGGACUUGGCCCGGGCCGGGUCCGCCUCGGACCUGGGGGCCAUCCUCCCGUCGCCCGGGUCGCCGGUGGCGCGGCCCUCCUUCACCAAGUACCGGAAGUUGUCGUGCUCCACGGCCAGCCCCGGGGCGGCGGCGGCGGCGGCGGCGGCCGCUGCCGCGGUGGCAGGCCUGGCCAUGGUCGAUGACCUGCCCUUCGGCGGGGCCAUGUCCGGGGGCAGUGGCACGGCCAGCCGCGCGGAAUCGCCCCUCCCCCCGGGUCCCGGGUACUUGGGCAUGCUCGGCGCGGGGCCCGAGUCCGGGUCCAGCCUCGGUGCCAGUGGCCCGGAGGUCCUUGCCUCGCAGGACGCCGACUACUUCGGCGGCGACGUGACCAUGCUGGCCACCGACCCCGGCGAUGAGUCCCAAGUGGCCGGAUCGGCGGCGGCGGCGGCGGCGGCGGCGGCGGCCGGUGGUGGCCCUCUGCCGGCACAUGCCGCCUGGUCGGCGGCCCCGACCGGGGGGUCGGCCCAGGACCACUGGUCCGGGCACGGGCGGCGGCCGUCCUCCAUGUCGAUGGAGUCCCAGCAUUGGCGGUCGGCCUCGGCGUCGAUGGGCAGCCGGCCGGUGCCGAUGGCCCUGCCAGCCGCCGGGCCCUUCGGCCUGGGGCAGGCUCCGGCCGGGCCGGCGCGCGGGCUGCACUCCUUCCAUGCGCUGCCCGGGCCGGGCCCGGUGGCGCGAUCGGCGUGCGAGGCGCUGCCGCCGAUGGCCUCGGCCCCGGCCCUCGGCGGGCCGGAUGGUGCCCAUGCCGGCCGAGGGCCCGGCGGCGGCAGCCAUCCCGCGCAUGCGACCACGCGGGCCGCAUCGCUGGCCGGCGUCGGCGGCGUCGGCCUCGGCGGCCUGGGGCCGGGGCCCGGCAGCCGGUCGGUGGCCGCGGCCAGUACGGCCACACUCGACGCCGGGGCCGGCGGCGCCCUCCCGGCGGCGACCGCGGCCCCCACAACCAAUGCCUUCACGACUUCCGGGCGGCCGUACAAUCGGAUCUUGCCGCUGGAGGACCAGUCGCACAUGCGCAUCAGCGCGGAAACCGUGGCGCGGGUCCUGUGCGGGGAGUUCUCCGGGCUCUUUGACCGGCUGCUGAUCAUCGACAGCCGGUAUCCCUUCGAGUUCCAGGGGGGCCACAUCCGGGGCGCGGUGAACAUCCACCUGCAGGUGGACAUGUGGCACAUGCUGAUGGCCGAGCUGCCGAACCCGGGGGAGGCGGUGCGCCUGGGCCCGGCGGCCCCGGCCGCCCGGACACUCAUCAUCUUCCACUGCGAGUUUUCGAAGAAGCGCGGGCCGGACAUGUUCGCGCGCCUGCGCGGCUGGGACCGCAAGGUCAUGUCGGCCACCUACUACCCGAACCUCAACUACCCGGAGGUGUAUGUCAUGUCCGGCGGGUAUAAGGCCUUCUUCCGGCAGUACCCCGGGCUGUGCGAGCCGUCGGCCUACACGACCAUGUACUGCCCGCGGCACCACAGCCUCAUGCUGCACACGCACAAUGAGGCCCGGCGCAUGAACUCCGAUGCGUGGCUGAGCGCGCACCUGCCCACCGGGGGGUCUCCUCCCUCCUCGUCGUCGUCCUCCUCCUCGUGCUUGUCUUCCUCCUCCUCCGCCGGCUCCUCGGCCGAGGCGGCGGCGGCGGCGGCGGCGGCGGCGGCGGCGGGGACCCUGCCUGGGCCCGAGGCCGCUGCCCUGCCGGCUGGGCCUUCGUCGCUCAUGCUUUGUGUGACGACCAAGUCCUUCUGCGAGGCGGUGGUGUCGGCCUUCCCGGAGACGGCUGCGGCGGCGGCGGCUGCGGCGGCGGCGGCGGCGGCCACGACAGCGCCGGCGCCGGCGCCGGCAGCCACCCCAACAGGCCUGGUGGCCGGCGGCAGCCCGCGGCCGGGGUCUGCGUGCUCGACCACGCCGGGCGGCGUGCGGCCGCGGCCCCUGCUCCCGGAGCACGAUGACACAUCGGCCCCGGUGGCCCUGUCCAUGACCAUGGCCGGGCCCAACCGCAAGCACCCCCGCAGCAUGGAGCUCUACAUUCAGACGGCGGAUGUGUGCGGCCUGGGGCCGGGGCCGGGGGCCGGGGCCGGGGCCGGGGCCGGGGCCGGGGCCACUCCCGGCGCCCCGGGCGUGGGUCUGCUCCUGAGCCCGGUGUCCAUGUACCCGGCGUCGCCGGGCGGCGGGUCGGCCCUGAUGCGGGCGCCGCACGCCUUCCACCCGGGCGGGUCCUCGAGCGAGGCGGCCGGGCUCGGGCUCUUCCACCACCCGCACUACCAUCACCAGCAGCCGCAGCAGCCGCAGCAGCCGCACGGGGCUGGCGGGACCGGUGGCCCUGUGUCGCUGAGCUCCUCGUCCUCGUCCUCCUCCUCCUCCUCCUCGUCCUCCUCGUGCUACUCCCUGUCGGCCGGGGGCGGCGGGGGGCGCUUCUUCAGUAGCAUGCCGCCGAGCCCCCUGCCGGGGUAUGACCCGGCGGCCGGGGGGGAUGUCGGGCCGGGGCCGCCGGGCUCGGAGCCGAGCCCCGGGGCCGGGGGCUUCGUCGGGCGGAAUCGCCCGCACCCGGUGCCGCCCAUCACCAAGUCCCACUCGCUGAUGAGUCUCUUCCUGUCGGCGCAGGAGCCGCCGGGCCGGGCGUCGCCCUCGCCGCCGCCGGUGGCCGCCGGGCCGCGGCCCGCCGGGGACGCCCCCUCGCGUGCGCGGCUCCCCACGCGGUCGAUCCGGUCGCGGGAGCGUCUGUCGCUGGGCGACCGCCGGCCCGGUAGUCCCAGCUGGUGGGGCCAUGUCCCGGGGGCCGAGGACCCGGGGGCCGGGAGCUACGCCGGGCCGGCGUAUCCGGGGGCGGCGGCGGCGGCCGCUGCGGCGGCUGCCCUGGCCGCCGCCGCCUCGGCCGAGAGCCUGUCCUCCGCCGGGGGGGCAUGCCUGGCCGGGUCGCCGGGCCGCAUGGCCCCCGGGGCCGGCCUGGUGGUCCCCCCCGGGCAGCAGUACUUCCCGUGCAUGGAUGCGUCGGGGUCCGACGAGUCGGACGGCGAGUGUGCCGCCGGGGGGUCCCUGCUGGAGACCGUUUGACGGGAGGCGGCGGGGCAGGUGUGGUUGCGUGCUUUUGGCCGUUCUCCCCUCCUCUUUUGCCCCCUCGUUGCCGGGGUUUCCCCUUUUUUUUCCUUCGUGCCCCGCCUGCCAGCGGUCUGGACCUGUCCUUGUGUGUCAACUCCUUCUCUCUGCCCCUUGUCUGGUGGGCCUCUGUCUUCCGGGGGACGGGCGGGGCGGGCGACAGGGCGGCCUAUGCAUGCCGGGCUGCGUGAGCUUGGCAAGCUUGCUUGCGCCCUUGUCACGCAUUUCCCUCCUUCCCCCGGGCGCCGGGUCCGGGCUGGGGCCAAUACAGUUGCGAGUUUGUGCAUCCUGGACGGAAG